CUUAAAGUCCACACAGCUCUAGUGUAUAUCGGGGAGAUCUGGGUUGCAUCUUCUGAAGAAAGACGCAUUUUUGUUACUCCUCUAAACCUUAAGGGGAGUUUUUAGCUUUUGGUCAGCGAGUGGUUCCUGGAAAACAUCUGAAUCGUUUUAUAACCAAACACAGCUGCCGCGCCAGUGUAUGUGUGUGUGCGUGACAGUGUGUAUGUGUGUGUUCAUCCGUAUGUGGAAGAGGGAGAGAGAGUGAGGGUAUCUGUUUGCUUCCCUUUCCAAAACGGAAAGAAAGAAAAAAGUUUGGUCGUCUUUUUCUCCCAGUAACUUUUUUUAGGCAUGAACGCCGAGACGUGCGUCUCAUACUGCGAUAUGACAUCCAUGGAUUCAUAUUAUAGCCCCUCUGCACCGCAAGGUAGGGAUCAUCCGACGAACCCGUUUAGGACAUUCCAAGUAAGUGACACCAAAUACAGCCCCACUUUCCUGCCAAACAAAGGUCAGGCUUACGGAGAAAAGUCUCGGAGCCCAUUCCAACAGGAGUGUCAGUCAUUGGAUGCCACCGCUGGAGAAGGCACCUUUAACAAAUACCACCACUUCAUGCAGAGGUCUUCUUGCAAAACCCCCCCCGAAGGAGGCAAACUGCACCAAGAAAGCGGACACAACGGAGCGCUCAUUCCCUGCUAUGGUAAAGACAGCUCAGGACUGACAGACUCUGACCUGACCCCGAACUCUGACCCCUCUGGGAUGGACGGCAGCUACCUGAGUGUGAAGGAUCAAGGCGUGAAGGGCCCCUCGGACCGACCAGGCUCGGACAUGGCCGGCCCCAUGGACAAGGGCGAGGGUGAGAGCAACAAGGGCAAGAAGAGGCGUAACCGCACCACCUUCACCAGCUACCAACUGGAGGAGCUGGAGAAGGUCUUCCAGAAGACCCACUACCCAGAUGUGUACGCCCGUGAGCAGCUGGCCCUCCGGACUGACCUGACUGAGGCCCGGGUACAGGUGUGGUUCCAGAAUCGCCGAGCCAAAUGGAGGAAGAGGGAGCGCUUUGGUCAGAUGCAGCAGGUCAGGACACACUUCUCCACGGCGUACGAGCUGCCUCUUCUAGCCAGACCUGAGAACUAUGCACAGAUACAGAACCCAUCAUGGAUUGGUGGCGGCAGUGGAGCGUCUCCUGUACCAGGCUGUGUAGUGCCCUGUGACUCAGUCACAUCCUGUAUGACCCCUCACCCUCACUCCGGCAGCGGCGUAUCUGACUUCCUGGGCGUCCCGAACCCUGGGGGUCACAUGGGACAGACACACAUGGGCAGCCUGUUUGGGGGUCCUGGCAUGGGGUCAGGGAUCAACGGGUACGAUCUGAACAGCAUGGACCCGGACCGCAAGUCCUCCAGCAUCGCCGCCUUGCGUAUGAAGGCCAAGGAGCACAGUGCAGCCAUCUCCUGGGCAACAUGAUGCCUCAACAUCAGCAGGACAGGGGCCUCUGGGAACCCCAUCACGUCCAAUCCAAGCCAAAGCAGAGAGGGGGGCCAGUCUGUGCUACUAUAACAGAAAUAUUGAUAAUCUAAAAUAAUAAUGAUGAUAAAAGCCAUAAAAGCCAUAGCAAAUUGCUGAAGAGGAGAGAAAAGAGACUAACAAAUCUGGACAGUGCACUUCUUUAUUUUGUGUCUCUGAUGGGAGAGACCAGUGGACAUCAGAGAUGAACAACAGUCAUUCAGUCAGUCAGUCAGUCAGUCAGGUAGUUAAAGCAUGAGGUGAGAGGCAGGAAAUCAAGAAUCAGACCUAUCCUUAAAGAGACAAAUGAAUUGGUUGCUUGUGGAAACAAUGUGCUGGUUAUACAGUAGCUAUAAACUAAAACACAACAAAAAUGACAAAAAAGCGGAAUAGAUUUGAACCAAUCCCUGCACUUAUUCAGUUAAUACAGGUAAUGCUGUUUGUACAGAUAUUGAGAUGCGUCUGCUAACACACCUGCUAGUGAGAGUCAACAUAGCUUUUUCUGUUCAGGUGUUAUUAUACUUUCUUGUUUUCCGGUAUUUAAAUUUGAAGUGUGUAUUUCUUUAUUCAUUUUGAUCCUGGUUUUGUCACAGAAUCCCUUGUCCCUUUCUGUCAGACUGUGUGCGAAUGCGACUAACCACAUAAACUGCAAACUGAUAUUCACAUAUUUACAUACAUUCGGCCUGAUUUGGGUCUGUGUGUACAUUUGGGUUUCCUAAGGUCAUUUUGGUCAGCUUCACUUCAAGGAGAGGGGUGUAGGUAACGGUCAAGCCCAAAGCCGAUCCAUCUCUGUCAGACUAACUGAAAGAAUGCUGAUAAAAUCAGUCAUAUUCUUCAGUUUGGGAAAGAGGUCAACCAUUUCAAAGGUAGCUUACUGUUUCUGGUAUGCAUGGUCAGCACUAGCAUACUUUAGGUUGGUGCUACCUUCCAACAUUUAAAUGUCAGAUAUCAAUCCAGGUUUGUUUAAGUGCGGGCAGACAGAGAGCCCUACUUGCACCGCUGAUGGACCGUCACUGAGCCAGAGAGGGACGGGGACGAGGAAGUGGUGUGUGUGAGUAUGAGAGAGAGGCACAGCAGGCCUGCUGGGGCCUACAGGGUCUGGGAGCACCAGACAGGCUCAGCUCUGUUUGCAGGAGGAGAUUCAAAGUGGACAUGCCAUUUCCUCCCUUGGCAUUUCCUCACCUCACAUUUCCACCUAGGGAGUUACAGGAAAAGUGCCCUCCAGUCCCAUUGCCAGAAAUAACACCCAGCGGCAGCCUUGAACAGCAGAGAGGCAGUGUAGAUUAUAUAGACAGUUUUGAGGGAGGAUAAUAAAAUGGUGACUAACGCCGUCAAUGUUGACCACUAUCUCUUUUCAUGCAAAGCCUCACUAUAGUGGGAUGGAAUUCUCAAUGGAGAACCUUUGGUGCUUUUGUUAGACGUAUUACUUUCUCUCCACACAAAAUAAGCCGUCAGUCAGUUUUAUACUGGGAACCCCAGGUCUCUUUCCACUUGGAGAAGACUUGUGAAGUGAAUCCCUGUGAAACCGUUUGUUGAGGCAGAGGAGGGCUGUGAAUUGGCUGCAGGUCAUGAUGGACUUGGGGGAACGUGUACUGCACAACUUUAUUCCAUCUCUCACUCACGGUUUAUUUUCCUCUCGGAGAGAGCCGUCAGUAGGCACUUAGCCGCUCCACUCUGUUCCAAAACCAAUGUGCUCUUAUGCAUCUCUUAGUCCCAGAUGCAAUGUAUGUAUGGCCUUUCGCUGUUAGAGACACAUGUAAGUUCAAUGCUGAAUUUCCUGAUGGUGUGUAAAGAAUGUGGAGAGGCUGCGUCCCAUGAGAGAGGUGUCAGAGUAGCAGGCUGUCAUAAAGACUGGAUAGCACUCUAGCAGAGCUCUGAAAGACCUUAUUUCCAUGUUUGCAUCAACAUGAUCACUUUACCAAUGACAGUAGAGGUAUGUUGUUAGAAAUUCCUCAUUCUCCGCGGUCAGCUGUCCUCCUGACAGCUUUAGCAUGACGACUUGAGUUGAGCGGGCUGAAUUUUGAGCCUGGCUUCAUUAACUCUUUGGCAUGGGGUCUGAGCAGGACCAUUUCAAGAAAAAACACCAGCAUGCCAGGAUGAGGAUCCGAUUACAGCCACCCGGCAACAAACAGAUCACCCCCUCCUAGCCACCCCCAGGCAACCAACAGAUCCCUCCCCCUAUAGUCCCCCCCGUCCCGUCCCGUCCCGUCCCUGGCAACAAACAGAUCCCCCUGUCCCACCCCUUAUAGCCCCCCCAGGGAACAACCGGAUCACCAGUCCCUGCACCUCAGUGUGGACAUGGAACAAUGUGGGGGGCAAACUGUAUUACGUGCUUUCAAUGGCUCCAUGUCACGAUUUUCGGAGGUGACAGCAAUAGUAGACGUGUUCCAUCAUCUUAUGCAUUAUGAGCUUUCUGUUUUCUCCAAGGUUCCCAUUUGGAUCAAGUCAAAACAAAAGGUCUCAUAGAUUUGAAGCCAAAUAUGAUACCCCAUGCACCUUAAGCGGAGAAUCCAUCUCUAAUUCCCUAACACAAGCCUCAUUAUUUCCCCUUUCACUCGGUAGCUCUACUAGGAUAUUGUGGUAUGUACGAUCCAGGAUGAACUGUCAGCAUCUACACUCGGUAGCUCUGCUAGGAUAUUGUGGUAUGUACGAUCCAGGAUGAACUGUCAGCAUCUACACUAGGUAGCUCUGCUAGGAUAUUGUGGUUUGUACGAUCCAGGAUGAACUGUCAGUAUCUACACUAGGUAGCUCUGCUAGGACAUUGUGGUAUGUAAGAUCCAGGAUGAACUGUCAGCAUCUACACUAGGUAGCUCUGCUAGGAUAUUGUGGUAUGUAUGAUCUAGGAUGAACUGUCAGCAUCUACAAACAAUGGGUCAGAAACCCUUUCCAAAUGACGACUCAGAUUGGAUCCAGUUAUACAUGGCAGUUCAAGCCUGAUGCAUGAACAUACUGCUGACAACAUGGCUUGUCUCUGUGUUCGGAGGUGCUCUUCUGAGAUUUGGAGAUGGGGCCCCUGUGCUCUCAUAGGCCGCUCUAAGGGGUUGCUGGGAGUGCGAACGGGCCACGGCGUUCCGGUGUUCUGGGAAAAGAACAGUGCACACAGCUGCGCUCAGGGGAUAAAUGCAAAACAAACAUGCCUUGCACAUGCUUCCCCUCAGCUGUCAUGGCUCCAUUUUCAAAGAAGCCCCCACACUGCACUAGGGCUCUCCCUCUCGCUCCUCUGGCCGAAUGCCUGCCCCUCCGGCACUACGGCCUUUCACAGCCGCACAGCCAGGCUGCAGCCUUUUUAAUUAACACGGGGACAUCUGUGGACAGGGAUUCUUUCUGGGAUUGUGUGACAGAACAGACAGAGCCGCCAGUGGCCCUGUGCUUCAGGUUGGCCUAUAGCUGUCUCUGACUAGGGCUUGUAGGGUUUACAGUGCUGGGUUGGGUGCUUCUCAGAGCUCAAACACACAUGAAGCUCAGGUCGACACAGAGUUGAUUUGUUUACCUUUUUCGACAUGUUUUUGAAAACGUUUUAAGUACUUUAUUUAUAGACAUGUUCUGUUAUCUGCAGUUCUCUAUGGAUUGAGAAGGACAAAACCGAAAGCUCAGUGUUAAAGACUGCAGAAACGUAGAAGCCCAUAUGAAGCCUUCUUGGAUGAAUCACAGGUUAAUAUGUAAAUAUUCUCUUUCUCAUCUACCCUAAUCGAGGCACAGCUUGCCUUAGGGCCUUAACUGAUCAGAUAUGCAGAAUUUAAGUCGUUGCGAAACAGCUUGUAUAUCAGCUCAUCCUGUUGUAGCCUGCAGGGGUCCCAGUCUGUCCCUCGGUGAUGAUGUCACCUUUCACACCACCCCUAUCAUUUCUAAUACUACUGAAGCAGGGCAAUAAAAAUAAGUAAAUACUUAUUAUAAUAUAAAACUGUGUGUUGUGUGUGCAUGUAAAAAAAAAUGUUUUAAUGUAAAUUGGACUGAUUUGAUUUCAAAGACCCUUGAAAUGUUACUAAUUUGAUGUAAAGUAUUGCGUUAUCUUUGUGAGAUACUUGUGGGUUGGUUUUUGAGUGAUCCUUCUGAAGGGGGUGGGUGUUCUUGGUUUGUUGAGUUUCCAAGUAUUUUGAAAGGUUUUUGUGGCUUUAAGCUAUAUUGUACGGCUUUUUAAUAAUGAUGGUAUACUUUUACUUGUGUUCAUGCUCUCAUAUAUAUUUUGUGUGAGUUACUAUAGUACAGUAAGUUAUUGCACUUACAUAAUAUUUUAGAAAAUUGUUUUACAAGCAUUGAGAGCAAAACUGUUGUUCAUCACACUUAUUUAAGAAACACACACAAAACUGCAUCAACUACAAUUUAUUUUAAUGGAUAACUGAAGUGCAGCUUCAAUUGUCAUUAGUAAUUUCAUAUAGUUCCCGCCAAUUAUUUAAAGGUCCAAUGCACUCCAAAAUGUGAUUUUCCUGCUUUUAUAUAUUCCACACUAUGAGGUUGUAAUAAUACUGUGAAAUGGUGAAAAUGGUGGGAUGGAGUUUUGGUCUGCCUGGUGUCAACACCAGAGUUACAACCUGCUCUGCCAAUAACAGCUGGUGUUCAGUUCUCCCCUCCCCAUUCAGACCAUUCCCAGACAGUCGAGCAAAAUUCUUGCUUGAGAAAUUGCUCUUUGCUAAGAAGUUAUUUUGGCUUCUUUUUGACCAUUUUAAUUGAAAUCACAGUAAGGUACUUUACUGUUACCCUGAAAUAAUUCUAUAUUGCGAUUAGAAAGGCUGCAUUGGACCUUUAAACAAACAAUAAAACACAUUUAGUCAAAGAGGUCGGCGCUCAAUAUUUGACAAUCUUUCUAUGCUGUUGUGUGGUGGGAAUGAUGCUACUGCAGAAGGAUUCCUACUCUCACGGAAACGUCCUACAUUUAAAGACUGGGAUGUUUUUAGGAUGGCAAGACUCUCAGAGGAGUCAUUAAGAGUAGCAGUUUUCACAAUGUCCUGCAGCAAUGGGCAACACACGUAAUAACGUGUGUGGAGAUUUUUGGGAUUCUGGUGUUCUGUUUUUACUGAUGUCUAUAUAAUUAGGAUGGAAGGUGGGGGGGGGGCCUUCAAUAAAACUCUAGUGUAAAAAAAGAAACACGUCCAUCUUCUUGUAUUUACAUAUCAUCUAUCUCAUAUAUACCAUGAUUGCAUCAGUUGCAGUGACAGCCUAAAAUCCCUCAGUAUUUCAGACAUGAGGGAUGAAAUGAGAUCGCACAACCUCCAAGAAAGUCACGCAGUCGACAAAAAAUACUAACAGCGUUCCUUUGAACUGCUGACAUUGUACAGGGUGGAUUAGGGAGCGUAUAUUAACAGGUGACAGGCGAGGCUAAACAGUGGUGCUGCACACGGCCUGGCUGUCACAACAGCCCUGGUCAGACAUGGGCUUUCACCGAAUCAAAAUGAGGACAGAGAGCGUGACUGACACAGAGGCUUGCUACUGGUGACUGUGCAUGAGAAAACCACUCCAAUAAACAUGCAUACAACAUCGUCAUCCACAUCUAGAACACUUCCGAUUACAUUUUUUUCAAGCACUUUUAUCAACUCCCUCUGUUCUCCAGUAGCUGCAUUUCCUCUUCACUUCAGUUUGCUCCUCAAUUCAUUCACCUUGGUUGGAGUCUGGCAGCGCCAUUGUUCCUUUCUUUAAUCC